AUGUGUGGCAUUGCUAGCAAUGAGUUUUACCUGAAUGAAGAAACCGAACAUGAAAUCAGGAGGCAGUCUAUGAGUACUGCUAACUGGAACUUUGAGGAGCUUCUUGACAUUGACCUUAGCCAAGCAAAUGCCCUGCCCAGCAAAGCUGUCGAAGCUGUUGAAGCUGUAGAAUGCAACCCCAGUAAGUUGGAUGAGUAUUUCUCAGAGCUUCAUCUUUCUGGGGUCUCUGGCAUUGAAGAAGCGUGGUCCAAAGCUGUGAAGACAACAGAAGCAAUGCAAGCCAUAUGCUCCCAAAUCCUGAAGCAUCUUGAGGGCAAGCACCCCACCAUCUGCCAGCUUGCUGAUACCUUAUGUGGACAUCCAGACUGGCUUUUGAUUGAGGACAGGACAGAUUUCCUUUUGCAGCUUGUGCACCAAAUCUUUGUCCUGGAAUGGGUGACAACCUUCAUGAUGGAUAACCCAGAGUGUAUGCAACAAAAGUUGCAGAAUGAUGCUGAGUGGGAAAACACACAUGAGACUACUAAGAAAGUCCCAACCGAGCUACAAGAGAUGCUUGACCUCCCAGAUCAAGACCCCAUUUAUGGGAAGUUGCCAUUCUUCCAUUGGAUCAAGAGUAGGUCAGUUGCUGCACUACUGAAACUUGUCCUACAAAGUUUGGGAUCAUCAGGCCCUACCAUCAAUGCCCAGGUUGAAAGAAUCAAUAACCUCCUGUGUUUAAACUUGUUUGAGGCUAUUUGGGUUGAGCAAAAACAUGGACACAAGGAAAACUCAGAAGUUGGGAGGAGACUUGCUACAAAUCCUGUUAUGACAGCCACAACCCAAUCCAAGAAGGUUUUUAUGGAGUAUGUAUCCAAUACAAGUGCUAUGAAUAAUCUGUACAUUGAUUGGCAAAUUCAUAUUGUGGCCUGGGUUGGAGACAGAAAUGCUUCCAGCUGGUUGGUUUCCAAAUUGCUGCUUCCCUGCAUCAUCGGAGAUGUCGGUGCAAAUUUCUUCUAUGCAAGGUUGAUUAGUCUGUACCUGGUUACACAGGUCACGGGAAGGAAGCUGAUGCCGAACAAGUUUCAUAAUGAACCGAUCCUGUCAAGAAGAGCACUGCAUUAUUUUGGAAAGCUGAACCUCUCCUGUGCAGAAAAGUUUGGAUACACCCCACUGGCUCCAAAUAGCAAACAUCAGCUUGCUCUUGAUGAAGAAAACUGGAUGUCCAAAUUUGACCAGUGGGGGUUGGCUGACCAUCCAGCUAAGGCAAGCACUGCAGACUCCAGGUUGCAUGAUACUAGAGUUUCUGAAACUGUGGGCUCAGACAAAGUGUCUGCAGCGAUAAUGUCUGUGUUUGGGUCGCAUGUUGACACAUCCAAGACUUGGGCAGAAAAUGGACUCACAUCCCUCAAGAGUGCCGAGCUGAGGAACACAGUAGAGGAACAGUUGCAUGUGGUCCUUCCGGCCAACUUUGAACAGCUUUACCCAACACCGAAUGCACUCUCGCUGUUUUUGUCAGUUUCAAACAGCAGGAGUUUUCCCAUCGAAGAAGCUUGCAAUCACUCGAAUUUUCUGUGGAAAUCGCCAAGAUCCAAGCUCAGCAAGCCACAGCUUGGAUUGCUGCAAGCUCUGGGAUCGGUGAUGAUUCUCCUCCUGUUUCUCAGUUCCAUUCUUCCUUCCUACUUCCUUGCCUCCUGGGUGAUGGACCACUGUGAAUCAAACAAAGUUGGGGAGUGCAACAGCCCAGUUGUUUGGAUUCUUUUGCCCCUGUCCGUCCCUCUGUAUCUGAUCUCUUUUUCUGUCAUUGUGGUUUUCUGCAAGUAUGCAGUAAUUGGAACGUAUUUGCACAGGCAAAUUGAACUCUUGUCUUGGGGCUACCUUCAAUGGUGGUUUCUUGACAGACUUUUGGAAGUCUGGGAGUACUUUGUGGGGCUGUUUAUUGUGGAGACAAAAUUCAUUUGGCUCUUCUACUGGCUUCUUGGGGCAGACCUGGCAUGGAGCACCAGGAUUGAAUCCUUUAUCCGCGAGUUUGAUCUUGUGACCAUUGGGGAAAACGCUGUCAUCAGCCACCCUUUAAAGUGCAGGAAAUUCUCCCAAUCAACAGAAACAGGACCAACAGUUACAUUCCGACCAAUCAUUAUUGGAAACAGCUGUCAAGUGUCUGGGAUGGUCGGUCUGGGUGCUUCCAUUGGGGAUACCAGUAAGGUGGAGAAACUAUCUGUUGUUGAAGAAGGGGCUCAAGUGCCAGAUGGUGUACUUGCCAGAGGCAAUCCAGCAUGCCAUUCUGGCAUAUUUGAGCCUUCAGAAUCAUGGUACUGGGAAGAAAAUCUGCUGGAUGCCUUCAAGAUAGAUUGGCUUUUCCUUGAAGCAUAUCACUACUUUGCCCUGUCCUUCCUUGUGCAUACCACACUCAACAAAAUCUUGCCCUCUUGGCGCUAUGCUGCCAUCCUCCAUUGGUUCCUGCUUUUUUUUGUCACUGCCCUCCUUGCCCCCGUUCUCCUCCUUGCCCUCUCACCAGCAUUGCACUAA